CAGUAUCAUCCUCAAUCUCGUUGAUUUCGUGUUACAGGAGAGCUCACUUAUCGCAAGUUACUUACCGCAAGUUCAACGUUCAGAAUGAGCACUCGAGUAUUCGUUGGUGGCUUAACGUACCGGGUGAGAGAGCGCGACCUUGAGAAGUUCUUCCGGAAAUAUGGUAGAAUCAAGGAGGUCGCUAUGAAGAAUGGAUUUGCCUUUGUGGAAUUCGACGACUAUAGAGAUGCUGACGAUGCCGUAUACGAAUUAAACGGAAAAGAACUUUUAGGCGAAAGAAUUACUGUAGAGAGGGCCCGGGGGACACCUAGGGGUAGUGACCAGUGGCGCUAUGGUGACUCCCGUGGUGGUUAUGGGGACUCGAGGCGAUCUGCCCGAGACGAUAUGCGGCACGACAGAGAUAGUGUGAACAGAAACACGAGGACUGCAUCUAGCUACAAGCAAUCAUUGCCCAGAUAUGGCCCACCGACUCGCACCGAGUAUCGUUUGACUGUGGAGAAUUUAUCGAGUCGUGUCAGUUGGCAGGAUUUGAAGGAUUACAUGAGACAAGCUGGAGAAGUGACUUAUGCUGAUGCUCAUAAGCAACGUAGAAACGAAGGAGUUGUCGAAUUCGCGACAUAUUCCGACUUGAAGAACGCUAUCGAUAAAUUAGACGAUACAGAAUUGAACGGCCGCAGGAUUAGACUCAUCGAAGACAAGAGACGUGGUCGUCGUUCAAGAUCCUCUAGUUCACGCUCACGUUCCCGAUCCCGAUCUCGAUCACGUCGUCGGUCGCGCUCCCGUUCAAGGUAUAAUCGUCGUUCUCGAUCCCGAUCAAGAAGCCGUCGCAGUUCUCGUAGCCACAGCCGUCGUAGUACCCGUUCUAAGUCAAGAGCGCACUCGAAGUCCAAGUCCAAGUCUAAAUCCAAAUCUCCCGAGCGUAGUCGUUCACGCUCAAAAUCCAAAUCAAGAGACCGCUCAAAGUCGAAAUCUAAGUCAAAGUCCAAAUCCAGAUCUCGUUCUAGGUCCAAGGCUGAGAGGUCAAAGUCCAGGUCGCAGUCCAAAUCCAAAGCCAAGUCUCCCUCAAAGGAUAGGUCGAGCCGCGAGCGUUCCAGAGGUGACAGAUCCCGAUCCCGAUCAGGAAGCAAACAUAGCAAGAGCCGUAGUCGCUCUCGUUCGCCUAUGAAUGGUGACAAAUCGCCGGAGAGCAGCAAACAGAAAGCCGAUUAAGCAGAGAGAUAAAAAAAAAUCUGCAAACUAUUUGUUCUUUUUUUCCCUUCUUUUUUGUUCUUUCUUCAAUCAUUUUUUAUAUUCAAUCGCAUUAAAAAAGAUCACUAUCUCAUAUUUUCUAUUCAUUAAUCUUAAUGAGGUUUUAAACCUGUGUCGAUGCUCUCCCUUCGAUAUAAUUUGAACAUUUUAAAGAUACAAUCAAAGUUUUUUUGUAAAAAACAACCAACAUUAUUGUUGAUUUCAGGUAAUUUUUGAUUUAAUUACUUAAAUCAUAGUUAGCCAUGGCUUUUGCCUUUCAUUUUUUUAUUACAUAGAUAUCAUUAGGUUUAGCGAUACACAUCAUCUGAUCUAUACAAUUCGCGUAUUUAGAUAAGUAUUCUUUAUUCAUACCUCAAGACUACAAAUCUUUUCAUUGUAUCGCCGUAUAUGAUACGAGUUUCCUUAUAAUGGCUUUUUGUAUAUAUUCCUAAUGGUUACAUUACAAUAAGAAAGUAUGUGAUGUGUAUUAAAUUUAGAGAUAAGAGGUGUCUCAACUGUCAAUAAAAGUUCAUGUCGAUGCAAAUUAA